AACUAGGUCCUGGAUAUGGUACUUACCGUGCUGUAAACAAGUCUGAUUAGACAACCCCCAAGCCAGGACUCACCUUAGGCUGUAGCUUAUUGGAAAGAAAUAGUAAAUUAACUUAUCAUUACAGCAGGUCAUAAGGUCAGUGCAUUUUUGAUUGAUUUCGUGCCAUUCGUUUCACAUGAUAACGAUGGAUGUUGUUGAAGUGGUAAUGACAUGAAAAGGUCAAUCAAUAGGUCAAUCCAUUUUCAUUGGCCUGCUUAACGUCUUCUUGCCACGAUCUUUGCCAAGAGACGUACAGUCCUGGAGUGGAAAAACAUUCACCCACUAUCACACUGACAUCCUUUUUCAGGGGCUAGCUUAUCACUCCAGAGCAGAGAACUUCUGUUUACCGGUUUGGGAAACAGGAGCUCCAUGUUGGGUUGUAGGCUAAAGGUCAGGGAGCCUGUCUACAACAUUCACUUGAAGGCAAACAAAUGCCCUAACCUUGAAUAAAGUCUGAUGGGAACAGACAGUCCUGGAGCUCCAGAGGAGCUCUACCAGCUUUGGUGCAUCGUCCCUGGGUUGCUGAUCUGGAUCCACACUGCAGUCAUGGAUCUUUUCCACAGCUGAGGGUGGAGGUGGCCAUCCAUCUGCAGACCCAGUAUGGGCAUUAUGAGGGAUGGUUUAGCCUCUACAGUGGCAGACCUGCAUACCACCUUCUUCUGUUUCUUCCCAAGCUGGUUCUAUCUGCGCAGGGACGUGGGGGUCAAGCUCAUCUGGGUGGCUGCCAUCUGGGACUGGCUCAACCUGGUCCUGAAGUGGUAAGGAACGGGUUAAAUCAGGUUUCUGUCAUUUUGUAGGUCAUGGAUUUUUACUACAAAUAUGGAAUAAAUACACAUGAACGAGAACUUGCGUUGUCUUGAAGAUAAAUCGUAUAAAAUACACAUUUUUCAUAAAAAUACACUUUUUAGAGUUGGCAUUGUCAUUAUAUAAUCAUUACAAAGUUGUAACAUUUCAAGGAGUUGAAUGGUGUCCUCUCUCUAUGACAGGGUUCUAUUUGGAGAGAGACACUAUUUGUGGGUCCAUGAUACCCACUUCUAUGGGACAGACACAGCCCCUGCUUAAAACAAUUACACAUCACCUGUGAAACUGGACCAGUUUGGCAAUGCCAUAGAUAGACCGAUGUGUGCCAGAGUAUAGCAAUGCGUAUCACUCAACAUACCUCAAGAAUAUAGUAGUAUUGGGAAGUGGAAGCAUUAUUGUCUUAGUAUGUAAUAAAUGAAUGAUCAUAGGGCCAUAACAACCUUUGCACUUUAGUAUUGAUUCCCAGGGUAAAUACAUAGAGAAUAAUCUUAUCUGGAAAAGGAAUUCAGUUGGAAGUGUAUAGUGAAUUCCAGUGGAGGCUGGUGACUUGGAAAAUUGAGGAGGAUGGGAGACCCACCUAGAUGUCAAAGUGUGUUUCAAAAAUCGUCAAGAGUAAUAAUUUUCACCUAAAGCAUUUAAUAAAGACAUUUAUAGUACAAUAUAGGGAAUGGGUACGAGAGGGCUACUUACACAGUGUUUGGAAGGGAUCACAGCAGUGAUUGAAUGAGGGUAUGAGGCAUGAGUUGAGGUGUUCGGAGGCUUGACUUCAGUGCAGGACAGGAUUUGUCUGGGAAGACAAAAAACAAUAACACAACACACUACACAGUUAGACAAAAGAAGAAUGAGUUAGUCCAAGCAAGGAGUAAAAUCAUUGUUGUGUAAUAAUGUGAUUGUGUAUGUGAUUGACUCUACAUACAGUAAUGAGAGAAAAUUGAUAGGGGUACUCACUGUGCUUGAAGAGGAAACAUUCAAUGUGCCAGUAGAUGAGCGGGUACAUGAGACGUGGCUUCAGUUCAUGUCAGGAGAGAGUUGACAAUGGUAGUAGAGUGGACUGGUCAUCACCUCUUAAUCAGGGAACAGGAGGAGACUUAGCUCGAAAUACAAAUAGCAGAUACAUUCCAUUACAGCUGCGCCAUCGAAGGUUUGAACAAGUUUCUCCCUGAAGUUAAACAUAGAGUUCACAUCUUGCCCACUUGACACAUCAAAGUAGCCCAAGAAACGUUCCUGAAUAAAGCCCUGAUCAUCCACAUACCUGACGAUAACUGACAACUGCAAGCAGACUGGUGGCACCAUAGGUCCCAGAGCGGGGGAAAUUGUUACACCCUGGGGCCUGGAGUUUUUCCUUAUCUGUUAACCUAACCAGGAAAACGCUGGACCCUUUAAGGUAUGACAGUGAUUCAUCAGUUGCAAAAAUAUUUUAUAUGGGCUAUGAUGAGACCUGUUUUUCCUAAUCAAGUCACAUGGUUUAAAAAAAACUGGAGAAAAAAAACCCUCCUGGCCCUGAGGUCGAUGAAAACCUUGUUAAACUGCAGCAACUUUAAACUUGUUCAUAUUCAUUAUAUUUAGACUAGAUUAGGAAGGGGAUUUCCUCUACCUAGACACAGACAACAACUGAUAGACAACAGAACUCACAGGGUUGAGCUUUAUGAAUGUUUGCAUCAUACAGUUCUAUGCAACUGUAGGCCUUCUAAAAAAAUAACUCACAUCUGUCAUCACUAUUGAUUGAUUCAUUCCAGUUAAUCAUUUUGAAUUGAAAACGUAUUGACAGCCUCGUCAACCCAAUUUUGAAUAUAAACUACAUUUGAUCACAUUCACAUUUUCUCCUGACACACAAAUGGACUAUAAAUACAUAACGUUACCAAUUAGUUUACCCUGACCAAGUGGACAGCGCAAAUAGGCUGUAUGCAUAUGCUCUUAUUAGUAGCCUACAGUUGAUUAGACUGAACAAUGGUCUAGUUUUCAUCCCAUACAGCAUGUCAGAUCUCUGAUGUUAAGGUGUAGCCUAGGCUGAUGCAACAUUUAUAUCGUGCGUUUUUUGCUUGUGUUUGUCAGGAGUGAGUAUGUAUUUUCAUCUUUGCUUAAUAAAAGCCGGAGGAAAGUGGAAUGCCUUCAAUGAGCGCACGCGGGGGAAAAAAAUGCGCUGCGUCAACCUCUUUCUUUAAUCUAACUGUUAAUGGAUGAUGUAAUGAAACUAUCAAAUCAUUCGGAAUUGAUUUCGACAUCCCAGAAAAGACAGUAGAAAGUUCGACAUGUUCAGCAAGUAACGAAUUGUUACUGGGGGAUUAUUAUUAAACGUUCCAGGCCAUACUUAAACAUUUAAAACUAGAUAGAAACUAUGGAAAAACUAUCAUGGAUCUAUAUAUUUGCAAAUAACUCCCCUUAUUUCUGGCCAUCAAAUAGAUUUUGACAAACAAAUCAGUACAACAACAAAAAAUUGUGCUGCACUCCAUUGAAUUUCAAAAGCCCUCAAGCCCAAAAGGGGGUAGGUACGGUCUAGGCUUGUUUUGGAGCAGGGCCUUGUGUCUUGUUCAUCUCCAGGUUCUUGCAGUUGGGGCUGUGGAUGCUGCUGUGUACAGUGGAGCUGCUGGUGUGCAUGUCCAGAGUCUACAUGGCUGCCCACUUUCCCCACCACGUCAUCAGUGGGGUCAUCAUGGGUCAGAGAACAAGGACUCUAGAUGUCUAGAUUUCAAGAUGAAGACACUUGUACCCAGCAGGUCCUGCUAACCUGGAUGCUACUGCGCUGGGUUGGUUAUUUUCUUUUCAUGUUGUCGUCCUUUCCAGGAACUCUGGUGAAAUGUGCAACCAGGCCUAGCAUGUAGUGUAGUGUAAAAGUUAUUGUAUCUUAUUUCAAUGAUCUUGUAGCUUGAUGACAAACUCCCUGGUCUCUAUCCAUGGCAGGUAUCAUGGUGGCUGAGUUCUUCUCCAGAGUGCAGUGGAUCUACAGAACCAGUCUGAGGAAGUAUUUCAACACCACCAUCUUCCGGCUCUCCUUCGCUGUGGGUUUCUACGUGCUGCUGAAGGCUCUGGGCGUGGACCUGCUGUGGACCCUGGAGAAAGCCCAGAAGUGGUGUGUGAGGGCUGAAUGGGUCCACAUGGACUCCACUCCCUUCGCCAGCCUCCUGCGCAACAUGGACACCCUGUUUGGCCUGGGCCUGGGCGUGCACUCGCUCCUCUACACCGAGAGCAAGAAGAACAGCAGCCCGCCCUUCAGGGUGGGAUGUAUCACUGUCUCCUUAUUGCUGCUACACAUCUUGGAUGGCUUGAUGUUUCCCUCCAGGAACCAGGCAACGUUCUACGUGUUGUCCGUCAGUAAGUGUGCUGCUGCCCUAUUCAUCCCCACAGCUCUGGUUCCCGGAGGACUCUCCUGGAUCUUCCCAGUUUAAAGUGGGGCGGCUAAACUGAAAUUGUCAUAACAAUCGUUCACUUGUGAAAAAAGUGCAGAGGUAGAAAAAUGUAUACUGAAGUAAUUUCAGUUGCUUUGGCAGCACUAUUCUACAAACCAAGGACUAUGGUGGAAGUUGAGUGUAGUUGUCACCUGGAGGUGUGUAAAUCUGUUGGACUAUCAGAAACUGUUUUGAUUUGACAAAUUAAUUGGCUUGCUAAGCUCAUGAGCAGAGAGUGGGAAUGGGUAUGGGAAGCAAGAACACCUCAAGAGCUUGGGAAUAUAAGGUUCUAUCUGCAAAAACAAUAUUCUGAGAUAAUUGGCUUUAAAGUUUUGAACCCUCAUUGGUUUGAAUGGUGUCAGCAAUUUUUUUUUAAAUCUUGUAUUCUUUUGAACUUAACAACAUGAAUUGGGGUAUUUUGAGUCCUAUAUAGGUAGAGAACAUUGAACAGAACAAGGGUAUGUCAAUAACAACAUGUUGACAAAAAUGCAGAUAGAAGCUCUAGACCUGUUUCUUCAAAUAGAUUGCUCUGUUUGUUCCUAAUUAAAUGUAAAUGUUACAUACAGUAUAUGCAAUCCUGUGUAUAGCAACAUAUCAUUUCUGGGGAGACAAGUGAAAACGUGUGAUUCAGUAGAAAAGUUUGGAGGACAGUGAGCAGCUGAAUCUUCUGUUACAGUAAGCAAUGCUAGAAGACUAGGCUAUCUUCAGCUUUGUGAAAAAGACUUCCACUGUCUCAGAGCAUUCAUACUGGAGUUUCUCUAUUUCUUUGUGGUGGUUAUGUCUCCUGGGUUCAACUUGAUGUUAGUGAAUGACACUGUGCUGGUGUGGCUCCUUCGAUGACAACAAGAGGACAAAGGGUGAUUAUCAGGCCCUGGACUCUGGACCCUGAGCGGUGAGGAUCAAGACUGGUUGUACUAUAAUGUACAAUAAGUGUUAGCAUUUUAUUUACUAGAUGAUGUUGUGAACAAGGUUGCCUUGAUUAAUGAGCAAAAGCCCUUUUGCUUGGUGUACACAAAUAUAUCUUUUUUUACUUUGAGUUAGUUUUUCAGAGAAAAUGACCCAAAAUUCCAAUACUGAUUAAUUAAUUAUUAUUAGGGACAUUAAACAUUUACUACUAGACGACCGACCCUCAGCUCAAUACAUAGCAACAACAUAACUCAUGCCCACUGACGUUGGGAGUUUUGGGCAUGGAGGCUCAACGAGCAGCACUUUUUGUGUACAGAACGAUGACCAUGUGUAUCUGUGCAUUAGUGAUACAUACCAAGUAUACUGCUUCAAUCAAACAUACCAGCAAUAAUCAAUAAAUACUUGACUGUACAUUGUCACAUGUCAACACUACUGUACAAUAGUCUACUUAACUUGACCCUGAUAUCAAGUCAGUGACAAUCCAUCCUAUCAUUGCCAAGUAUUGUGACGGACAUGCAUAUUUCCUAUGGUGACUUAAUAUUGUACAUCCAUCCAACCUC